UUGGCGGUUUUUAAAAGUGCCUUUACGCCCCCCACCACCACCACCACUUCGAGGUCCUCAAACAUGUCGAAAAGAGGAAGAGGAGGAUCGGCGGGAGCCAAAUUUAGGAUUUCCUUGGCCUUGCCAGUGGGCGCUGUCAUCAAUUGCGCUGACAACACUGGGGCCAAGAACCUUUUCGUCAUCGCCGUUCAGGGAGUGAAGGGCAGGCUGAACAGACUUCCUUCGGCCGCCGUGGGUGACAUGAUCGUUGCCACAGUGAAAAAGGGAAAGCCUGAGCUCAGGAAAAAGGUAAUGCCUGCCGUGGUCAUCCGGCAAAGGAAGCCGUUUAGGAGGAAGGACGGCUCAUUUAUCUAUUUUGAAGACAAUGCAGGAGUAAUUGUCAAUAACAAAGGGGAGAUGAAAGGGUCUGCGAUCACUGGACCUGUGGCGAAAGAGUGCGCUGACCUUUGGCCACGUAUUGCUUCAAAUGCAAACUCUAUUGCUUAAGUCUGUAUGUCUCCUUUAAAAUUAAACAAAAACCUGCAAA